AUGACUGUCGCGGAACCCAAUAGAACCUCGCCACUUCUACAACUAGAGUGUGAGGAACAGCUGACCACAGUGGCGGUAACUCAGAAAAAACUCAAACGUAUAAUUCGAAAAGUUAAUGUUAGAAAAGCAGUUGGCCUUGACAACAUCAGCCUGUAUGUCUUACGACACUGUGCCAACGAGCUAAUAUUUGAGAAGCUAGUCACGGAGGAAGUGAGUCGCCACUUUGAUCACCACAAUCUGCUGUCUAACCGGCAGUCUGGUUUCACCUCAGACCUGCUGCUGCUGCUCUCCAGAGACUGGCAGGAUGCGCUGGACAAUGAUCUGGACACCCUCGUGAUUUCCCUCGAGACAGCGGGGGACUUCGACCGGGUGUGGCACAGGGGUUUCCUGGAGAAGCUUCGAGCGAAGGGAAUCGAGGGGAACCACCUCCUGCUUCUAGCAGACUAA